AUGGCGCCCGUCGACAGAAUAGACCACGAUGGAAUUGAGCAACAGCUCAAGGACGUCAUCCAAGACUUCUACCGCGUCAUGGUCCAAGUCUCAACGUACGACUCCAUGGGCGUCUCCAGCAAAGAAGUCCUAUCCAAAGAAAUCAAAUCCAUCUCCACCUCCCUCCAAAACGUCCACGUCGCCGCCUCCCCUCCGCACCUCCUCCCCUCUGUGCCCCCCGAACUGCUCGAGUACGUCGAAAACGGCCGCAACCCGGACAUUUACACGCGCGAGUUCGUCGAGCUCGUGCGCCGCGGGAACCAGCUCAUGCGCGGCAAGCAGACCGCCUUUGCGUCCUUUCGCGACGUGCUCGCCGAGCAAAUGUCCUCUGCCAUGCCGGAGCUGCGCGAGGAUGUGGCAAAGGUGCUGGAGGCGACGGGGGGCAAUCCAGCGAUUGCGACUGGUGGUGUUGCGGCGGCUGGUAGCAGCGGGACUAGCAGUAAUCUUCCUGCGAGGCCUGCGUCUGCUGUGCAGGGUGGACAGAGUGGGAGCCAGUGA